AUGAUUUUUCUGUUGGAGGGAAUUCAGAUCUUUUCCCUCCUCUCAUCUUCGGACCUCAUUUCCUUCUCCCAUGUGCAUUCCUCGUUCUCUUCAGUGCUCCGAAGCCCUGCUAUCUGGAAAGUCGUGUUCGAACGCGAAUCGGCGGAGCAGAUCGCGACAGCGACCCAAAUUCCCUGGAUCAAAUCCAUCUAUGAGAUCCUCUACCCACGGACACCCAAUCCCCGAUUUUUUGGGAGACAAUACUUGGAAGUCGAAAACGAAGAAUCGGUGGUUUCCAAAGAAGGUGUUCCACUAGGAAAAGGCAGUCCCUCGAUCUGUGUUAGUUACUUGGAGCGGAUAGCGAACCCUCGAAUCGUGACGCUGGAUGAGUUACAGCUGAUUGAGAAACUCUCGGAUACAGAAGGUUGGUACGAAGAUAAGGAUGGCUUCUGCCACUGCCUUCGAUUAAAUCACGAUUUAAACGAAAGUGGAAUUGUGCUCUACUGUGGAAUCCCGACUCUUCAAUGGAGUAAGCUCGUUUCUGAAAGCCAGAACAAUUCUGUGAUGACCGCCAUGCCUGGAACAUAUGGAGGGAGUAGCGGUUUGUACAUGGACAAAUCGCACCGUGUAACAAAAUGGAUUCGCGAGGAUAAAAAGUGGCUGCGAGUGGCGUUCUAGUUGUUUUUCUGCUGCGAGCGGUAAUCAAUGGUGUUUUGUUA